AUGGCUCUAACUAAAGAUUCUUUGGACACUGAAAUAAGGCGAUCAGACCUUGAAACCACAAACACGGCUCCCCCAACGCCUGCUGUGGCAAAGUUAAGAAGUAAACGAAACAGGAUCUUCAGUCGUCGUUCGCGUCAAUGGAAUCCUUUUAGACUUGUGACCCAACAGGGAAGGAAACACCCUACCAGACCCUCAAACCUGCUUGGUUCAACGAAUGUCCAUCCUUGCAACACGGUAGAGACCUCUGAGAUGAGUUACACCGUUGAUGGUAUCAGGUGCCGUCGGUGGGAUAGAAGUGAGCUGCAAAAUCGCAUGAAGUGCAUGGGAAGCUACAGUCCUCGCUAUUUAGCAUCUUCCUUCGAAGAAGCGCUAAGGUUUAAAGAUCUUGAUUCAGGAGAUAUUUUCGACUUUUCUAAAUCUUACAUUUGGCAUCAUCUAAAUAACGCAGUUAUCAAAAGAAACUCCAACAUCAAACCAGGAGAAACCAGAAUCAGUCAGUGUCAUGCGAGGAAAACGCGCACAGAAUCCGGGCAUUUAAGGAUCUGCCCAACCUGUGCAGCCAUUACACGUCAGUCGGCAAUGCCGAGAAGAUUUCCAGAGUAUAUCAAUGAGCUGCUAUGUGACCCAAAAAAGGCGACCAACCUUCCCGUCAUUGGUGGCUUCUGUGUACAGAAAUCAUUUACACUUGAUCUUUUGCAGUUUAAUGGAGAGUGGCAACUGGAUCCGAAACGGAGUGUUGAAGCUGGGCUCGAUGUUUACACGGAAAAAUGGACAACAUAUACUCAAAAAAUACGACGCCAUUGCGCAUGCGAGCUAGUGGAUUCAAGCCCGAUUGCUCGUAUGUUGUGAUUUGUGGCGUACACAUCCUGAGUAGCUGAGAGUUUACACGUCAUGAAUUAAUUUUAAUUCGUUCCAUAAUAUCGAUAGGGAAAGCAUUUACUUUGUAAUAAUAAGCCAUGGUUCUACGAUUGUUAAUUACGUAAUUUCCGUUUUGAGUCAAGUGUUUAAAGGACGAUGAAAAGAGAUACGUUCCCAGCUGUUCACGGACGCCAAAGAAUUAAGUCAAUUAAGAUUGAAGCUAAGAAACUUGCUUGAAAUAGGACAGUAAAAUAACAAGAAUCUUAACCGGAGAAAAGAGGUGUGAUUUCCCUGAUAUAAUUUCCAUUUGCAUGCUUUCCGAUUAUGUUUGUUAUCACAGUUAUCGUAGGUGAUUUAAUUCAAUUCUAAAAUAGUGCUAUCGCGUACGCCCUAUGAACAUCAGUGAUUGCUCUAAUCGUUCGUAAUAGUAGUUUAUGUCGUUAAUUACCUUCAGUUUUUACGUUUUCAAGUACCUCAUUCGAGAAUAUCCCCCAGAAUAAAGAUUAUCGAUUUAAUACUCCGGACAAGAUAUGUUGGUUUAAGAAUCUAAACACAUGACAUACUUUUUCCAAUUUAGGGCUUAAGAUUGCAGUGGAAAUAUUUUUUAUAUAUUAAGCUGAAUUACGAGGGCUUUCACUUAUGACCUAUUGGAGAGCAGACGCAUAGAUGGCGUCACCAUCGAGUAGCACACUCGGCUACGCCGAGUUUAUCACUUCACCUGGCUCAAGAAAUUGACAUUGCCCUUCGAUAUGCCUCUGGUACUGCAAAUGGUUAUUGUAAUAUUUCUUUUUAUAAAAAAAAAAACAUAUCUAAAGCUUGGUGUAAUUGCUUUUUUUUUAAAGAAGAGCGGGACCAGAUUUGAACGAAUGUAAAGUCAGAUCCAUGGAUUGGGCCUGAGGGAUCGAGGCGGAAGAAUCGAACUGAUAGGGAUCUGACUGAACCGGGGAAUUAGGUGGUAGAAAUAGAGCCAGUGGGUCGCACCAGUAGGACCAGACCAAAAACGUACGACGUGCAGUAGUUUUUCCCUCGCCCAGCGAGUAACAGAGAUUAUUUAAGCGUGCGCUUGUUAUGCGAACAUUAAUCAUAGCAAUUGGUAAUUGAUUUAUCAGAUUUUCGUGCUUAAGAUAUAUUAAGACAAGUGAGAUUUCAAGAAUAAAGUUAUGAUUGAUUUUAGCCUUUUAACGAUAUCCGAAUAUGAAGAACUUGAUUAGCAAAUGCAAUAUUUUCCCACUGUAACGAGGUGAAUGCGUUCAAUCAAAAGAGGUCGAUCAACGGGAAUAUUUUCUUUUCAAAACCUCGGCAAAAUACUGGUUUUUCUUACCCCGCAUUGUAAAACACUAUUCCUUUAUCGUGAAUUUCAUUCAUCUACUCAUGCAAUAAUGAAAUAACGCUAACAAAAAGUAUAAAAAGAGGAAAUAGUGAGGGUUUUUAAAAAAAUCUACCUUUUCUGUCGGAAAAAUCUACCGUGGAGUAUUACUAGUGUUGAAAUGAUACCUGAGAAAUGUUUCUUUCUCGAGAAAAUGUAUUGUUAUUCAUUUGGUAUCGUUGCUCCGGAAUCUCACCUGCACUGUAAAGAAUUCUGUUCAAGUUUCAAUGCUUUGUUUACUUAAUUAUUGAAAUUUAGAAGGAAUUUGCCAUUUAAGGGAACACAUGGCGGUUAUUGAUUACCAAUGGCAACUGGUGUAGUUAGUAAAAAGGCAAGGGCACGACUAAGCAGCGUGGUUAACAGAUAGAUAGGAAUGAGAGAUAUCAGACCUACAGUUCCAUAAAGGAUUUAUUUUGCGUAAGUUACACUGUUUAAAUGUUCACGUCAUGACUAAUUUUUGUCACUCUAACGAGUGCACUUGCUUACUGUAGUAGCUUUGAAAAGAUUAGCUAAGAUACACGUUAUGUAAUAAAAAAGAUGGACAUUUUGAAUAAAUUAGUCUACUAAGAGUUUGUAAGUGUUCCAAAUACUUGACUCACGAGAAAAACCAUCGAAAGAGAUGAGCUAAGCGACAACGAUUUGUAUCUAGAGCUAGUGAUCAGACAAUGUCAUCUAAUGCAUGUUUGUUUUAUAGAAGUAAACUCAUUAAAGCCAGAAGACGCUGUCAUUUCGUUACAGCACAUUCACCACUUAUAAGCUGCAUGUCGAGUGGCGACGAUCAUCGUAUUUUCUGUGCAGAAUUAAGCUUAGAGUUUGGUAAAUGAAGGUAAGAGUAUUAAUAUUUCUUUCACCAUGACAAAAAGGGUGUAUUAAGGAACGUAUGGGAAAAUAUUUGACGAAAAAAGACGGCUAAUUCAAACUCUGUAUCAAUGUGUCUUCUUGGCAUACACAUUUGAGCGUGAUUUAUAGAAAACUAGUACUUUUUUAUUUCGCUUUCGUCUCAAAAAUUGCCUCUUUUAAUCAAAGCAAAAAGCUCUACUUUUUUCUUAAUGAUAUUUUAUCCUUACGACACAACUGCACUCAGGCCUCACGCUUAAGGACAUCGCCCAUGUUCCUCCCUUGUUCGCGUGAAAUUUUAACAUAUCAGUACAUGAGGUUAAUUUACCGAAAACUAAUCGCUUCACCAUUUCUUUAAGAUUGUUAUUUUAAAGGUUUUGACUGGUUGAUGGGAAAGAAAAACUCUGUCUUUGUUUGAUGAAAUUUUUGGAAAUAUCAAAUUGGUUUAUUUUAGGCACACCAGUCCUGCUGAGUUUUCCAUCGAUUUUGCAUUUGAAAGAAAGAAAACAGUAGGAUAAGGGCUAAAAACUAAUACAAAGAGAAACAAUUACAUUUAUUCAACACUGUCACUACUGACAGAUCAAUAAUUUUGGAGACAAUAUCUCUAUCAAAUUUAUUUCCAAAAAGUUGGUAGCAAUAUAAUUGUGUGCAACUCCUUUGAAAAAAUAUCUAUUGCCUUAAAGUGACUGUUGCUUUUUUUGUAGAGCCUGACGACUAUAAAAGUAAUUUAAAAACUUUAUGGCGUGAGCCUUACUCUACCUGUGAGGCCCUGUUGUUAUGAAACAUAGCAUACUAUUUGUUUACUUGGCUCGAUGUCAACCACAACAAAGCUGUUGGUGUGCGAUUUUAAUCAAACUUGCAAUUAUUUUAUGAAAUUGUGGCUAUGAAGAGGACAAUUUUUCACUUUAAAUAUCUUGUUAUCGCCAAUAAACACUUAUUUCAUGUUUAAAAUAAUUUUUCUGACGGUAAACCUAGGAGUUACUUGAAUUAAUCUUGAAUGCCAUCGGACUUAGUGUCGCAACAUGUUAGCAGUAAAACAUAAAAACUCCUAAAAAAUCCUUAUUAAAAUCGGAGCAAAAAGUCUACGUCUUAAAUCUAAGGAGUUUCCUAAAACAAAAGGUGGUUUGUCAAUCAAAGUGUUCCCUAUUAUUAUUUAUCAUAAAUUCAUGUUUUCCAGAUGUUAAUGAAGCCUCCUUCCAUACUCGCCAUUACCGCGCUUCUCCUGUGGAUUGUUUGUAUAAGUCAAAGCGCUGACGAAGAAGAGUGGCUCCAUGACAAUAUUCAAGGGCUUUCAGGGAACGAUAGUUUUGGGCCCGUGGUCCAUCCUUGUUUCAACACCACUAAGAAUCAAACCGUCACCACUCCGGAAGGUCAAAAAGUCCUCUGUUUGGUACCUUCUGAGGAUGACCUGGUGAAGGACCUUGAAGCGUUGGGCGGGUUCAACAGGCGUUAUACGGCCGUCACCAAAGAACAAGUGGACAUGUACUUUGAGGAUCCUUUCAAAACUGACUCAAAGCCGAUCGAAUGGGAAAGUAAAUUCACUGGAAAACGCCGCCGUUCCAUACAUGAAAACGAAGAACGCUCCGCCAGCGAUGAAACGCUUGAACGAAAAAAGAGAAGUUUGAGCGUAGGUGUUCAGAAAUGCGAAAAGAAGGCCACUAGAACAUCUGAGAACUUCUAUCAACUCUGUGAUGAAUGUUGGUAUAUCACACAGCUGCCGCCGAAUAAGUUUCCUCGGUACAUCAACGAAAAAAUUUGUGGCACAACUGGCGCAUCCCUGAUGGAUAUGUGUGCUGGUACUAUAGGCCUUUGUAUCCAAAAAGAAAUUAUCCAAGAUCUCCUUAUCCAGACCAACCAGUAUGAAAAGAUUCCGUCACCUGAUCCUCAGUACAGCGUGGUCUACAAGCAAGUCUGGAAGCCAUUCAGUCAGAAAAUCAGAAGCUGCUGCCAGUGUCAGUCCUUUACGCCGUAGUCUGCAGGCUCAAUUGGGGAGGAGGGAGGAGAGAUAGUUACGAAGAGUUAUUUGUAGAAAUUUGGAAACCAUCACUAGCAUAAUUUUUGUCCGAUGUAGAGGUAUUCUUCGGACGUUCAUCCUG